GACAGAAAAGUGCCCUCCACAUUUGCCAUUGCGCCUCUUCUGGAUUGCUUUUGCUGUUCCAACACGCUCUUUAUCUAUCCUGCGACUGACCUUGCUUGACAUUCGAAUACCACCUUCGCUUUCACGACCGCCCAACAUGACAACAACUAUAACCCGUGACAAUGUCACGACGCUCUUCCCCGAAAUCCACACCCGCCUCAUCGGCGACGAGCUGGCGCCCAAUGCGACCGAGGGCUCUUCCUCCAGCUCCAAGUCAGAUUCGUCAGAGGAGGACCUGUUAGCCGGCUACGACGAAGAACAAAUCCGGCUCAUGGACGAACAGUGUAUCGUGCUAGACAACAACGACAUGCCGAUCGGGUACGGGUCGAAAAAGACAUGCCAUUUGAUGUCCAACAUCAACCGGGGACUACUCCACCGGGCGUUCUCAGUUUUCCUAUUCCACCCCGAAACGAAGAAGUUAUUGUUACAGCAGCGGGCCUCGGAAAAGAUUACAUUCCCUGAUAUGUGGACGAAUACAUGCUGUAGCCACCCUCUUGCGCACCCACAGGAAGCAGGCCGGGGCGAUCUGGAGAGUAAUGUCCUCGGCGCGAAGAGAGCGGCGAUCAGAAAAUUGGGCCAUGAGCUGGGCAUCAAGGCCGAGCAGGUCCCGUUGGAGAAAUUCGAGUAUUUGACACGGAUACAUUACCUUGCGCCGAGCGAUGGGCAUUGGGGCGAGCAUGAGAUUGAUUAUAUCUUGUUUGUCGAGGCGGAUGUCACGACGGAGGCGAAUAAGAAUGAGGUGCAGGACACGAGGUGGGUGAGUCCGGAUGAGUUGAGGGGCAUGUUUAGGGACGUGGAGGAGCAGAGUGGGAAGGAUAAGGCGUUGAAGUAUACGCCUUGGUUUCGACUGAUUUGUGAGGGCAUGUUGUUUGAGUGGUGGGAGAAGUUGGUGCAGGGACGGCUGGCGGAGGUUACGGGGGAGAAGGAGAUUAGGAGGAUGUAAAAACAUAACAUGACAGACUCGUUGAAAGGUCGAUGAAAGUGGUUGAUGGUAAAUACCUAGGUGGUCAGGUCGAGGCAUUUGCUCGUUCGUGAGUCGAUGGUCGGCUACGCUGGAGGAAAGGGGGUGUUUGAAAGCGCAGGCGUAGGGGACUGUUAAUGGGGCUGGAAAAUACGAUACCCAAUAUUACAAGCAUGUUAUUCGAAGACGUGAUGGCAGGAAAAUGUGAUGCGUUGUGUGCUCGUCUAAGGAAAGGAUGCCCCUGAGUCGUUGUAGGGGGACUGACCACGUAUUUCGAGGUUGAGAGGGAAAGGUGUGCACUCUAUGAGGAUACUGAAC